UUUUGGUUCUGUUUCUUUAUCUACAAUUCUUUUCGAGUCUUAUUUUAUUUUUGCCGUAUUUGCUGUCAAACCUUUUUUUAUAAAGGUAUUGCUCCAUGGUUUAAGAAUCUUGUAUUGAAUCUACAUGAAAGCUCUCCUCGUAAUAUAUAAUCAACAAACUCGUUGACUCUACAACAUCCACAUGUGCUAACCUCCAAGUUAUGUUCUUUUGAGCUCUCUCUCUGUAACUAUUUUGAAAAUGGGGGAAAUACAUGAGAACCAAGCUCCUGAGAGGCUUCAGGGGAAGAAUCAAGCAAUGGUUGUUUGCUGUAUUCUUGGAAUUGGAUCUCUCGUUUCUUGGAACAGUAUGCUCACUAUAACAGAUUACUACUACCACGUUUUCCCGGAUUAUCAUCCUUCAAGAGUACUCACACUUGUCUACCAACCAUUUGCGCUUGGAACGAUCGUGAUUUUCGCAUACCACGAAUCGAAAAUCAAUACUCGAAAACGUAACCUGAUCGGUUACAUUCUAUUUACAGUAUCCACAUUCUUGCUCAUAGUCUUGGAUUUGGCAACAAAAGGACGUGGUGGAGUCGGACCGUAUAUCGGUUUAUGCGCAGUCGUUGCUUCUUUUGGCCUCGCGGAUGCUACCGUUCAAGGAGGAAUGAUCGGUGAUUUGUCAUUGAUGUGCCCUGAACUAGUGCAGUCAUUCAUUGUGGGAUUGGCUGUAGCUGGUGCGCUAACAUCGGCACUUAGGCUAAUAACUAAAGCAGCUUUUGAAAAAUCAAAUGACGGUCUACGAAAAGGAGCAAUGAUAUUCUUAGCAAUCUCAACAUUCAUAGAGUUACUCUGUGUGAUGUUAUACGCGUAUGUGUUCCCAAAACUCCCCAUAGUUAAGUAUUACCGCAGAAAAGCUGCUUCUGAAGGUUCUAAAACUGUUUCUGCUGAUCUUGCUGCUGCUGGUAUCCAAAAUACAUCAGAAUUGCUUCUUGAUUCUUCUAUACAGACUGAUGAUGAUUCCAAGAAUCAAAGGCUAGGCAACAAAGAGCUGUUGCUUCAAAACAUAGACUAUGCAGUGAAUCUGUUCCUCAUCUACGUAUGUACAUUAUCCAUUUUUCCCGGGUUCUUAUAUGAGAACACAGGACAACACGGGUUAGGCGAUUGGUACGCGCUUGUCUUAAUAGCGAUGUACAAUUGUUGGGAUCUGGUUGGGAGGUACACACCCCUGAUGAAAUGGCUCAAGAUUGAGAACAGAAAAUUGAUCACAGUCGCGGUUUUAUCGCGUUAUCUCCUCAUUCCGGCGUUCUACUUCACCGCGAAAUAUGGUGAUCAAGGAUAUAUGAUUAUGCUCAUUUCUGUUUUGGGAUUGACAAAUGGACACCUCACUGUUUGCAUUCUCACCACAGCUCCUAAAGGAUACAAGGGUCCGGAGCAGAAUGCGUUAGGGAACUUGCUGGUGAUCUUUUUGUUAGGAGGGAUAUUUGCAGGAGUGGCUUUGGAUUGGCUAUGGCUUAUUGGUAAGAAGGAUGCCUUUUGAGUUUUCUAAUGAUCACUCCAAAUCCAUUAUUGAUUCACUUUACUUAAUUUCUGCUUUCGUCUUUAUUAUUCUUUGCUUUGUAACCUUUCUUUAAGUGUUCUUAUCCUUGUAAACAGAGUAUAAUGUAUUACAGAAUAAUUAUUUCUAAUAUAUAUAUUACUGAUUUUCUUGCAA